AUGAUUAAUCCAAUGGAAAUUAGAUAUCUAAACUUGUCUCUCAAUCAAAAAGUUGAUGCUAACAUUAAAAGUUCCAAGAAUAUAUCAGAGCACAUACAGAGAUUGCUAGACUAAAAAAAAGACAAAAUUAGGUAAUUAUUUUAAAAUUCUGAAACGCUAGAGCAAUAAACUAAAAAGCCUAGAUCUGAGAGUUUGAAUGGCUCGUAAUCAGCAAGAGGUCUAAGACCAAUAGUUCCAUUAAUUAACAUAAAUAAAAUAGAUUUGGACGAUAUUUAGGAAUAUGACGAGGAAGAGAAUAAACAGACCUUUAAUUUUCAUUACGAAGCAGAUAUAAAAGUAGGAAAGGAUGAAAUGCAAUUCAAAAAGGUACCAAAUACAGCAAGAUUGAAUGAUUUUUCCUAAUUUUCAAAUCAAUAAACCAAUCUUGAUAUCAGUAACUUUGUUUCAGUUCAAGAUCCUUUCGCCUACCAGUUGGUUUUUAAUUAUAAUGCAGAAGAUGAUAACCAGAUAAAGGUUCAUAAGGCUACAGAAGCUAAACAACUACUAAAUUGUUUUAAACAAUUUUAGAUGCCUUUUUCCAAGCAAACUUACUCAAUCAAGGGUAAAAAUUUGAAAAUGUUACACUAAGAUGUCGAAACCAUUUAACGAUGCAUUUAUCCUUUAUUUACAGGGCCUGUUGAUCCUAAGAUAAAUAGUUGUAAGUACCUAGUUUACCUAGAAAUGCAAGAAUUCAAAAAAGUCAAUAAAAUGCGAGAAAGCCUUAAUUAGCUUCUUUAGUAGAAAUUCAAUCUAGAUUACUCCUCCAAAUAUUAAUAUGAAAACUAUGAGAAACUAAUUGAACAAUUACAGAAAAAAUAACUAGUGUCUGGUUUUUGGGAAUUCCAAGAGAUAUCAGCUUAAAUUCCUUAAAGUAGAGAAUCUUCGAGGAUGGUAAGUGAAAGAGACAAUGUUUACAUGUUUGGAGGAUCUGCAAGAGAGCCAUUUAAUGACACUAGAUGCUUGGAAGAUAUGGACACUAAAUUCUUUGGAAAGUUAUUUGAAAAUGAAGGUGAGGAAGGUUUAGGGUUUCCAUAGAGGAGAUUUGGAAAUACUCUCAAUCUAUUUUAGAGAUAGUUGGUUGUGUUUGGUGGUGGAGGAGCAUAUAACAGCUAAGCUAAAAUGAGACUUACAUACAAUGAUGUUUUCAUGUUUGAUAUUGGUAAGACCAUUACUAUUAAUAUUUUAGAGAAUUAAAAAUGGACAUCAGAUGAUUUCCUUCCUAAGGACUAUGAUGGAGAAUUAUUAAUUGCACCAAAAACAAGAAUGCAUCAUGCGGGUGAAGUGUUUGGAUGCAUGCUUGUUAUACAUGGAGGUAUAUCAGGUGAGGAUAAAGACAUCUUAGAUGACUUUGGAAUUUAUGAUUUAAAGAGACAAACUUGGGUAAAGACAAAUAUUUCUACAAACAGUAGAAAACCACUAGCUAGAUAUAUGCAUGCAAUGACAGUUGUGCAUCCAGAUGGUAUUGAUAAUUAACUGAAAUAUUCAAGAGCAUUGUGGGCUUAGCAAUUCUAAGUUAAAAACCAAAAUCCAACACCUGAUUAAAACGACUAAGAUCAGAAAAUUAUUGAGAGCAAUAAAAUGGGAAUUUACAUGUUCGGUGGACUAGUUGUUAAAUAAGAUUUGUGCCUAUCAAUUGAAAGUUUAGCCCCACUUACAGAUCGAAAAGAUGAAAAAAAUAAAAAAAAGGUGUGCAACACAGAAUUAGUGUUUUCGAAUGAGCUUUAUUUUAUCAAGCCUGAUUUCUAAGAAAACAUUAAGGGCCUAUUCUAUCAUAAAAAAUACAGUAAAGAUUUCGAUUACAAGUCAGAUAAGAAGAUGCCUGAAUUAACAUUAGAAGUAAUCAAAUUAUCACCUUAAGGAAAACCUCCGAUAGGUAGAUGCUUGCAUGCUUAAACCUUUUUUGCAAAGAGAUAUCUAGCUAUAUUUGGUGGUAGAAACGAUACUUUAUUCAAAGAGUAUAGUAAUAUUGCCUUAAAUGAUCUCUACCUCUACGAUAUUGGUAUUAAUUAAUUUAUUUUUUAAUUACUUUAGCCAAUAAUUCCUGGGUGGCAGUGGCCUCGCAUGGAUGCUAUCCUGAAGGAAGGUUUAGUCAUGGAAUGGUUCAGAUAUCAAGUGGUAUUAAUAGCUUUAAGUGGAAAGAACAUUAAACUCAAGUAAAAGGUUUUUAAAGACUAGAUAUCGGAGAUAGAGAGAGAAAUAAGAAAGCAUCAGCAUAAAAAUCAAUUAUGA